UUCAUCAUUCCUUCUUCAAGAUGAUGUUCUUUCCAAAAUUAAUAGUUUUGAUAUGGGCCGACGUACUAGCUUUAUAUGUGAUGUGGAUGAUGAUGCUUUACUUAACAAACGUUUGGAAACUCGGGUUCACUCACGCCGCCGGAAUCGUAAACAUCUUCACCGGAGCAUGGACCAUGAUGCUUUUACCUAUGCAAUAUUUGGUGGACACAUUCAUGGGAAGUUACUUAAUCUUACUUCUUUCAAGCAUAUCUUACAGUCUUGGAUUGGGUUUUCUAUGGAUGUCAACUCCUCCAAUUCUGGGUAAAUCCCACGGUCUUUGCGGCGCAUAUCUGCCAGAAUGUAUAGGAGAUGAACAAAGAGUUCUAUUCUAUGCCGGUCUAGCCUUGAUAGCUGUUGGUCUUUCCGGUCAUUUGAUUUCUUUGGGUCCGUUUUCGGCUGCACAAUUCACUGAAGACAUGCUUGAAAACAUGACCGGUAAAUCGUUUUGUAUCAUGUUUUUAUUCUCGUAUUUGGCCAUACUUGUUCCAAUUGGGACGGUUAUUGCGAUAUCGUAUGUGAAGGCUUGGUCGUUUAGAUUCGGGUUGUCUGCGUUAUGUACCGUGGUGGGUACGUUAGUGUUCUUUGCUGGUUCGUGCUCUUAUAACUAUAUUGGACCUCAAGGAAGUCCUUUGACAACUAUUUUUAGAGUUUUCUAUGCUGCUGUUUCUAAGAUUUUCUAUAGACGACCCAAGAAUGUUAAAGAUCUAUACGAGAUACCUGAUCUUGAUGAACAUCAAUUGAUUCCUCAUAGUCGUAGUCUCAGGUUCGUCUCUUAUAUUUUUCUUCGUCUUAACGAUCUAUAUAAGUGUUUAGACAAGGCUGCAAUCAUAUUACCAAGAAUAUCAACAGAAGAUCAAGCAAAGAAUAGAUGGAGACUAUGUAGAGUAACAGAAGUGGAAGAGAUCAAGAUGUGUCUAAGAUUGAUCCCAAUAGGCAUAACCUUCAUUUUUUGUGGUGUGGUUUCCGCAGUUGGGAACUCAUAUUUUCUAAUCCAAUCAAACCACCUAAACGAAAAGCUCGGUCGCCUCCCGAUCCCAGCAACACUUCUCCUUGUCAUAUACGAUACGGGAAAGACUCAAUUCGGAAAACUAUAUUACAAACUCGCAAACAAAUUAGGUGGAUCAGGGUCGAGACAUUACGCUCCGCCAAUUGGUAUUGCAGUCUCAAUGAUAUUUUCGGUUAUUUGUUGUGUUGUGGCCGCGAAAGUUGAAGCUAGACGGCUCGGCAUUGUGAUCAGCCAUGGUUUGAUCGAUAAGCCAGAUGACAAGAUCCCCAUGUCAAUAUUCUGGCUACUACCACAGUUUGUUCUUCUAGGGGCUGUAGAUGGGAUUCUCGAAACAAGCUUGUGUUAUUUUUUAGUGGAUCAAGUCGGGCCAUCGAUGCAAGGCCAUAUAGUUCAUUUCGGUCUUGGGGUGUUGGGGAUGGGACAUAUGGGGAGUGUGUUGGCGGUUUAUGUAGUUGGGAAGGUUAGCGAAAAAGGAGGGAAAACAGGGUGGUUUCAACAUACUUUGAAUAAGAGUCGUCUCGAUAAAUAUUACUGGACUUUGGCAUGGUUAAGUGCGGUGAAUCUUGGGAUUUACGUGGUGAUGGCGUUGUUAUUUGCAUAUCAGAAGUCGAGAAUUGGGGAAGAUCAAGAGGCUGUGGAAGAGGAAGAAGACCAGAAUGGGGAAGGAAAAGGAAGCCAAGGUCCUUUCCAAGACGAUGCUCAAUGUUUUUGUUGUUGUUAA